AUGUCGGGCCGAGGAGGACGAGGAGCUAGCGCUGGACAUUUGGCUCGGGACUGCCCUCAAUCUAGUGCCCUGUGUCGCGAAUGCACGGAGUCUCCUAAAGAAAAGAAGUGUUACAAUUGUGGACUGUCUGGUCAUUUGGUAUGUCAAAUAAGGGAAGGAGUGCUUUCGAGUUCGGAUCUCAAGAAAUAUAUGCCUAUAUGUUUUUAUUCAAGAGUCGCGAUUGUCGUUCGGGAACGUCAACCGAAUGUUACAAGUGCGGAAAGGUGCGUUACGCGAGGACACAUAGCUCGGAAUUGCGAUUAUAGCGACACGUACGACGACUACAGAUCGGACCAUCGCGGCACACGAGGGUCGAACUCCGAAUGUUACAAGAUGGGUCAUAUCGCGCGCAAUUGCCGCAAUGGGUAUGAUGAUUACAACUCUGGAAAAUCUUGCUACAACUGCGGCGUGACUGCUCAAAGACCACAACGAAAUGCUACAACUGUGGUCAGCUCGGACACCACAGCCGAAGUUGUAAUCAAGCGCAGGGCUCCAAAAUCUGUUAUAAUUGAAGGUCAUAUUCGCAGAGAUUGUCCGGAGGUUGGCGCGUGA